UUUAAUUAUUAAUUUUAUGCAAUUAUUAUUCUUUCCACUCCCGUCUUUUUUGUUACCUAGCUUACUUUUGAAAGUAUAUAUAAUUUUCGCUUUUCUUUCGUGCGCAAAUCCAUAGGCCCGCCGGACGACAGCGUUGAUUAGCUUGCAUUAUUUGUCUAGGCAGAAUAUUGAAAUAAUACACUUUGUAUUUGGGAUUAAAUUGAACAAAUAACGUUUCACGAUUUGCAAUGGGGCAUUAUGUUCCAGGGGUUCUAUUCUAUAAAUGACGAAUUUUUGUUGUCGCAUUUGUUAGGUGUCAUUAGGACAUCGUGUAUACCUCAAUUUUCGUCAUUGUACUUUCAAUUUUCAGCUCUGAAAUCCGAGUCACCUUGCCACUGACUGUGGAGGAGUACCAAGUGGCCCAGCUGUAUUCUGUUGCUGAGGCCAGUAAGACUAAUACUGGAGGAGGAGAAGGUGUAGAAGUUUUGAAAAAUGAGCCGUUUGAUGACCACCCGUUGCUGGGGGGCAAGUACAGCAAAGGGCAGUACACAUACAAAAUAUACCACCUUGCCAGUAAAGUUCCAGCAUUUAUCAGACUUCUUGCUCCAAAAGGUUCACUAGAAGUUCAUGAAGAAGCUUGGAAUGCCUAUCCUUAUUGUCGGACUGUAAUAACGAACCCAUAUAUGAAGGACAAGUUCUUCCUUGUGAUUGACACCCUUCAUGCUCCUGAUGUGGGUCAGAAGGACAAUGUACACGAGCUACCUCCUGAGAAACUGAAAAUUCGUGAAAUUGUGCAUAUAGAUAUUGCAAAUGAUCCUGUUACAAGUGCUGAUUACAAACCAGAUGAAGAUCCUACAAAAUUCAAGAGCCAGAAAACUGGCCGUGGUCCACUUGUGGGACACUGGCAGGACCAGGUAAAUCCUGUUAUGACAUGUUACAAGUUGGUUACAGUUGAAUUUAAGUGGUUUGGUCUCCAAACACGAAUAGAAAAUUUUAUUCAGAAAUCAGAACGACGGCUUUUCACCAAUUUUCAUAGACAAGUGUUCUGUUGGAUGGAUCGUUGGCAUGGGCUUACCAUGGAUGAUAUUCGAGCCAUCGAAGAUAAAACAAAAGAAGAAUUAGAUAGGCAACGUAAUGUUGGUGAAGUUCGGGGCAUGAGAGCUGAAUCCGACUGAUAUGUUUGCAUUGACAUCUGGCGAAACAGCAACAGCAAAACGUCGCAGCAGCGUAAUCACUUCAUUUCUAGAAGUCUUCGUUCACAUGUACAAUACUGUACAUUAUCAUGAUUACUUCACAGUUUCUUUAAUGCUGAAUUUUUUAAUUUUAUUUUUGUUAAGAAAUGAUGAAUGAAUAGUGAGACUUCAAACUGUUUAAGUCUUAAAUAUAAUACCAAAUAUUCUUUCUGUUGGUUCAUAUAUGUAUAUAUUUAUAAGUUAUGUUUUCAUGUGGCUAAUGCAUUUUUAGGCAAUGUAUGUAAAAAAUAAUUUGGCAAGAAUAAUAUUUGUUUUAAAAACAUCAAUUUUCAUUACUUUUGUUACAUACCUUUUCUAAUUUUGUAACAAUUGUGACCUCACUUGCAGUAACAAUAAGAGGGAUGUAGAAUGUUAACUUCAUUCAAUUUAUUUGACCCUCUGUUAAGAUCGUUACUCUUAAAAAUGUACAAUACUUGUAUUUAUUUUUGUAUUUUGUCUGUAAAAUUCUUGUCACAUCCUCCUGGCUGAGGAUAGGUUUUAAUAAGAACUUGCAGUGAUCUCUCCCUUGUUAUAUUUCCUUGAUCAUGAUGAUGAAGAUGAUGGAUGACCUCUGUUUUAUUGUUGUGUACAUAUUGAUUAAAAGAACAGAUUUUGCGUCCCAAUUGCUGCACAGUAUCAGCUGAAAGUUGAAUGUAAACUGAGAAAUGCAUUUUUCAAUGUUUGUAUAGUAACAUUUCAUCGUUAGAAAAAUGAAUACAGUGUACAAGAUGUUAAUUUCGUUUCACUUGAGUAUUUUAAAAUGGAAGUGGUUUUUGCCAUGUUGUUAAUAUUUGUGACUUAUCAAUGGUAAUUCCAUUGUCUCCCACCAGUGUCAUAAUCUUAGAUAAUACAAUAUUCCUGCUGUGGUUUGGAGUGUACACGACCUUCAUUAGGAGUAAAAUGUUCAUGGAAGAUAUUAAUGAAAAUAUAAGAUUGUUUCAAAUUAAACCAACAUUUGCAAUAGUAAAUGUAUAGCUCAUGGAUAUCAAAAAGUAUUACUGAAAUGAAUGAAAGAUUCAUAAAGCAGAUGAAUAACAUUUUGAGUAUGCAUUUUCCUAGUCCUACACCUUAGAGUAAAGAUGCAGAGAAAGUCAUCUGUUAUAGUAGUACAUGUAUGUAUGUGUGGAUGUUUGUUUCUUCUGGAAACGCCUAUUUUGUCAAUACAAGACAAAUUUUUACUGGAUAAGAAGCUGUUGUGCGUAAAGAAAAGGUGAAUUUUGAAUUAUUUCAAAACUAUUGUCUUUAGGAAAAAUAUAAUUUCUCUAAUAAGAUUCUCCAACCAUAAUUGUGAAAAUUUGAGUUUUGUUUUCUGCAGAAAUGUUGAAAGACUUUUCCUAAAACCUGUAAGAUAAAUUGUAUUGAAAUGAUGCAUACAGAUGGGUAAUCAGUGUUGGAAUCAAAUAUAAUUCAUUUAAAUAAUUUGUUUUAUAAUGUAUUUACAGAGCUGAGGUUGAAUGACUUGUUCAUAUUAUUACCAUUCCAUGCUGAGAGAAGAUUUCAUGUUUUUGUAUAUUUGUUAUUGAAAUACCUUGAAAGUUCAAUAGUGGUAGUUUUCCAGAAAAGAAUUAUAGAACAUAAAAUUUGUUCCAUAGCAUGCAUGUGUCUUUGCUAGAAACUACGUUUUGUCAUACUUCUUUCUUCUGCAGAGAACUUUCAUUAUAUGAAUGAUUUUAAUUAUUUGAUGUUUCUUUUUCCUUUCAAGUCUUAAAGAUUACUUUUGAAGAGAGAUACUUGAAUGAAAUUGAGUGGAGUUCAGUGACGUAACUGAAUGCAGUUGCCAACUGUAGGUCUUAUUGACAAUAAUUAUCACUUAGAUUUAUUUCAGUUCAUUUUCCCAUAUCAAAAUCUGCUCAUCUUAAUUGGUUUUGUUACAAUUAGGAGGGUGGGUUGAAUUAUUUCUUAUGACUAGUGUUGGCAAAAAAAUUGGAUGUCAAUUGGUUGUUUCAUGUGCCCUUAUCCACUAGUGCUACUUAGCUAUAAACGUUGGCCACAAUUUCUGCAUGGUAAAUGCUAGUACUAAUGCUUCAGGAAUCCCCUUCAUGUUAGAGGUGAUGGAUCUGACGAAGCCCUUUUUCCUUUCAAAGUGUAUUGGGCUAUUUCAGGGCAUCAUCUAGCAAAGAAGGCACAUGCAUCCAACGACCUGUUUUGGUUUCCUGUAUGCCUUUCCCUGCAAGUGUGUUUACUCUGUUCUUCCUAAAUUUAGGUAAAUUAUUGCAACUCACCUUUUUUUUGUGAAUUCAGAACCUCUGCUACUAUGUGGUAGUAAAGAAUUGUGAUGUUUCACUUGAGGGAAGAAAACAAUGAAGUUGUCUGUUUUUUGAUUGUUGAAAAAUCCAAAUUCUUCAGUGUGUAACAUAAUAAACAAUACAACCUGCAUGUGUAUUGUAUAUAAGAAGUUCCUUCCUUUUAAAUUUUUCCAGUUUAUUUCCAAGUAGAUAAGGUAUAUUAAAAACAACAAAUUGGACUAAAUUACUUUAUUUCAUUUUACUUUUCCUGAAAUUAUGGUAAAAUCAAGAAAAUGCCUUUACUUCAUGUAACAGUGACUACAUAAUUUAUCACAAUUACUUGAUUCUGUUUGUUAACAUUAAUUUGAUUCCUCCCAAACGGUUUCAGUUAAGAUAGCCACGUUGUCCAAAUUGCGGCCAGGAAAAUAUUCAAAAGUCCACAUAAAAUUGGUGAAGACCACUGAAAAACAAUUUUUUAAAAUUUUUAAUUAGUGUCUCAUUGUGUGUAAUAUUACAAGUUACGUUACUCUCUAGAAAACUUACACAUUUCACCUUCUUGGAGAUCCCCUUGUAAUUCUGGACAAGAUGAAUUACAUGGAUUGUGAGGACUUAAGCGAAAUGAUGUGGAUCCUCGCAAUUGAGCCAGCAUAAUGAGACCUGAAUCCAAUUCCACCUUUUUAUAAAUUUUUGUGUUGUAAUCUGACGACAUCAGCACCCAAUUAAAAUGAGCAGGAGAUACAAUACUAGAUAGAAAAUAUGGGCGCUGGUAGAAUUUUCUUAGAGCUUUGACUGCAUGAAUGUCACAGUUCUGCCUGCCAAACACAUGUUUAUUAGCCAUGUUAAUAAAAAAAAUAUAUAAUCACUAUAAAUUACAAGUCAAGUUGGAAGAGUUAAAAAGUAUCUACAAACACCACAUAACAAAUAAAAACUUUGAUUCAUUCAUUAUGCAUAUUAUUUCUAAACUUCAGGGAAGUAUGCAACAAGCAUUGCAUUGCUUGAUUUUUAUGUAGGAUUAUUCACACAAAACAAUCUUUGAAUUUUUCAAAGCAAGGUCAAAAAACACUUUGUAAUAUUAUUUUCCUUUUAAAUACCAGAAGAUAAUGCCUGUAAUAUUUAAUAUUUUUGAUGUAUGGAAUCUAGGUGUGUUCUGUUGGCUUUGAAAUAUUUAUAAUACAGCUUUGCAAGCAUCUUCCUCUUAGGAAUCUUCGUUAGCAUUCUUUUGAUAUUCCAUAUGUUUAUAAUAAUCCUUUUUAUGGCUCAAGUACAUUUUCACGUUAGUACCAAACUGGAACACAAUGUGUGUUUUAUUCUCCAAAAUCCUCAGCCCAGAAAAUCAUCAUGAACAUGCAAUGCAGGUGGUUAGGCUUCUAAGCUUGGUUCUUUUAUGCUUGCAUUAGACUUGGUGGGUUAGCCCAUUAACUAUUCCUGCUUCUCCCAAUUCAUUUUGGAUCUUUCUAUAUUUUUUCUUCCUCCUGGUCUCUAGUGUAAAAUUAUUUCAGGGAAAUUUGCCUUUUGCAUUCUUUUGAUACGAGUUUUCUAUUUCCUUUAUUUUUUUAAUUUUAAUAUAUUUACUAUUUUAUAUUUCACAAAAUGUAUUCAAGAAAUA